CACCACCACCGCCGAUGAACAUCUCAGCCCGCAACCAUAGUGGAGGAUAUGGAAACUACGCUGCCGUCGCCUCGCGGCACGAAGAGAAAAGGCGAUGACGGCCUGCCGCUUCCCGCGCCACGCCGAAUCAAAGCGCUCGCUCAAGACGUCGUGAACAAGAUCGCCGCAGGAGAGAUCAUCGUCGCGCCUGUCCACGCUCUGAAAGAGUUGAUCGAGAAUGCAGUGGAUGCGGGGUCUUCUGCGUUGGAAGUCGUGGUCAAAGAUGGCGGGCUGAAGCUUCUUCAGAUCACGGAUAAUGGGCAUGGGAUUGAUAAAGAAGACCUGUCAAUCCUCUGUGAGCGCUUUACCACCUCCAAGCUCAAGGCGUUCGAGGAUCUCAGCACGAUUGGCACCUAUGGCUUCCGUGGCGAGGCGUUAGCCAGUAUCAGCCAUAUCGCGCAUCUAAGCGUUACCACGAGGACAAAGGAGUCUAGCUGUGCCUGGAGAGCGCAUUAUGCCGAUGGGAAGCUCGUUAGUGCGAAGCCGGGUCAAAGUGCCGAGCCGAAGCCUAUUGCAGGGCGACCAGGUACGCAGAUCACGGUAGAGGAUCUAUUUUACAAUGUGCCUUCACGUCGGCGUGCCUUUCGCUCAGCAAGCGAGGAGUACGCGAAAAUUCUCGAAAUUGUGGGCAAAUACGCCGUCCACUGCUCGGGUGUGUCAUUCUCCUGCAAAAAGCACGGUGCCUCAAGCACAGACAUUACAGUCCCAGUAGCCGCCGGAAUCGUCGACCGUAUUCGACAGAUCCACGGAAGCACCGUCGCCAACGAACUAGUGUCGCUCAAGGCUGAGAACGAGCGUUGGGGCUUCAAGAGCGAGGGCUGGAUCAGCAAUGCAAACUACAGUGCCAAGCGGACUACUGUGCUUCUCUUCAUCAACCACCGUGCUGUCGAGUCGCCAACAAUAAAGAAGAGCGUAGAGCAGACCUAUGCCACAUUCCUACCGAAAGGCGGACACCCGUUCAUCUACCUAAGUCUGGAUAUCGAGCCCCAACGGGUAGACGUCAACGUGCAUCCCACUAAGCGCGAAGUCCACUUCCUCAAUGAGGACGAAAUCAUCGCAAUCAUAUGCGACGAGAUUCGCAACAGCCUCAGCAAAGUCGACACUAGCCGCUCCUUCAUGACCCAAUCCCUCCUCUCCAACAACCCCAAAGUCCCCUUCGCCACGCCCAUCAAACAAACCACACCCGGCACGCCAACCGCAGGCGACCCUACAACCGAGCGCAGCACCUCAAAAACCGCCACCAAAACCACCACUAAGAAACCGCACGAAAACAACCUCGUGCGCACCGAUGCUUCAGCCCGUAAAAUCACCUCCAUGCUGCAAGCCCGUCCCUCGGCCGAUGGAAGCGGCAACGGCAACGAUGAGAUGGACUACGAAUACGCCGAACGCGAGCCCACUGUCUGCCGCCUAACCUCCAUCAAGGACCUACGUGCCGACGUCCGCUCCGCCAUGCACAGCGAGCUGACCGACAUCAUCUCCACGCACACCUUCAUCGGCAUCGUGGACGAACAGAAGCGCAUCGCGGCUAUCCAAGGCGGCGUCAAGCUCUUCCUCGUUGACUACGGUAUGCUAUGCAAUGAGUACUUUUAUCAGGUCGGACUCACCGAUUUCGCAAAUUAUGGCGCGAUACGGUUCAACCCACCCUUGUCUCUGCAUGACUUGUUGAAAGUGGCGGCCGAGCAGGAGAAGAAAAAUGCAGGAGAGGCGGCGGAUGAGAUCGAUUGGGACGAAGUGGUUGAGAGCGUGGAGGAGCAAUUGCUUAGUCGGGCUGUGCUGCUCUUGGAGUACUUCUCCAUGGAGAUCACAGAAGAAGGGGAGCUCUGCUCGAUCCCGCUACUCGUAAAAGGAUACACGCCGUCUCUCGCCAAACUCCCGCAAUUCCUCCUCAGACUUGGUCCCUAUGUCGACUGGGAGACUGAAAAGGAAUGCUUCCAGUCUUUCCUCCGCGAGCUUGCAUCAUUCUACGUCCCGGAGAGUCUGCCGUUACCCCCGUCGGUGCCGCAAGAUGAUAGCGGUAAAGGAAAAGGGAAAGAGAAAGUAGUAGGUGAAGAUCCUGAGAUCGCGGCAAGGAGGAAAAAGAUGAGGCAUGCGAUCGAAUAUGUGGUCUUUCCGGCUUGCAAGGCGCGACUAGUAGCUACGAAGGGGUUGUUGAAGGGCGUUAUGGAGGUCGCAAAUCUGAAGGGAUUGUAUCGCGUGUUUGAGCGAUGCUAAGGUAUGAGCGCAACGAAGGGAUGAGCUCAAAGUGUAAUCCGUAAUCGAUAUACUACUUGUUACCUCUAUUGAUAUCUGUCUCAAGAAGCGUUGUCGCGACGAUGCGGGGCAGGAGGACCUUAGCGAAGAUAGUAGGAGAUCAGUAAGUAAGGCGGUUUUCCUGAGAAUCUUUUAUCUUUCAAUAUUUGUAGAGAUACCUCUUGUGCGUCAAUCGUUUUUAGAGUCAAG